AUGACCUCCCUAGACAAGUUCUACGAAGAGCCAUUAGGAGACCACAAAAUCAAGAGCACAUUCGUCGCUCUUAGUCAAGACGACGCUACGAAUGAGUUCAUCAACUGGAGCAAAGAACGUACUGACCAGUUUUUUCUUCAACUCUUUUACGAUGUCUCCGCUCCCUUUCUAAAGAUCUUCACAACGAAAACGACCACAAAUGCGAUUCUCCACCGGGGCGAAAUGUUCGUCGUUUCGAAAGAGCAGCUGACAAAGCUCAUGCCAGAAGCAUUCGAAACCAACAAAGAAUUCAAGUUUCAAAAUUGGAUUGAUCUUGGAGCUGGCGACGGAGGAGCGCUCAUCAGAGGCCCGAGCAUGAUUACAGAAAAAAUGAGCACGACAGAAAUCUGCCCAGUGAUGAGGAAAAGGCUCGAGUGGCGGGGAUUCACUGUUGAAGAUACGGAUAACUGGGAUCAAUCAGAGACGAAAUGGGAUGUGAUCUCGAUGCUCAACCUGUUGGACAGAGCAGCUAAUCCGGAUCUGUUUCUCGAUAAAGCUUAUGAUGCGCUUUCCCCAGGUGGCUAUUUAAUAAUUGCGAUUGUUCUUCCAUACCAUCCUUACGUCGAGCGCGGUGGAACGUUUACGAAUAAACCUACUGCCAAUGUUGACAAGUUUAUUUCUCCUAGUCGGAAAUAUGUUGAUCAAGUGGCUACAUUCAUAUCAGCUGUAGAAGAAAAGGGGUUUAGACACACAGCGUGGUCUUCUGUCCCGUAUCUUUGCGAGGGAGAUAGAACUAUAGGCUGCACAGGCUGUACGAGUAGAACCUGUGAGUGCCUUGACAGACGAACGAGUCCGAACUUCCUUGAGUGUCACACAAUAACUUUCAAUCAAAAAAUCGAGUGCGAGGCUCAAUGUCUAGACGACAUCUACUGCUACGACAUUUGCGCUUAUCGAUUUAAAAAAGCUAUUACAUUCUGCCCCUGCAUGCAAAAUUGUGAAACUGGUUGUCCUUGUGAGUUGACGCAAAGGAAUUACGCCGAGGGGUUCUUUUGGAAUUGUACUGAUGUUGGAGUCAGUCCAAGACCGACAACGACGAGUUUUUCAACAAUUAGGACGACUCCAACGAGUUCGUUUACGAUAGACGAUCUGUCUGAUAUUUUUGAAUCUUCCUGGUCUCAAUUUGAAACUGAAAACAUGAAGGAAUACCUCAACGCCGAAGGGUGGAAAAGCGGUUUUAUGAUGAACAUGGCACUAAAUGUCAACCCAAAACUAUCAUUUUCGAAGAUAUCAGAGGGAAAAUAUUCGCAGAUAUUUACAGUUGGUUUUGUGAAGAAAAAGUACCCACUCGACUUCAAUAAGGAAUAUUCUCACGUCAACGGGCUUGACGAGUCAGUUCAUUCUUCCAUAAAGAUCACUGGAGUGAAUAAAUUUGAAAUCUACACAACUGGUGGAAACGCUGGCCCAGUGAGAACAAUCUACGAACUAAAAAACAACGAGAUGACAAUGAAAUUGACGCUCGUUGAGGCCAGCAUAUCUUCAACCCGCAAAUUUCGUAAAAAUUAA